GGCUACUGGGCAGAGCGUCAGGUCAUGACGCAACGGAAGAGCAACUCUGGUAAGAGUAUCUGGAAAUGGCGUAACCGGUCCACGAAAUCUGCCAGUGAAUCCGACGCUCGAGAAAUAUCCUUUGCGUCGCCAAUGACAUCCAUGUCGGUACCGCCCAACUUCAAGCCCUUUGAACAACCGUCAAGGAAGCCUACCAGUCCUUUUGUGUCCGAAUCAGCUCACGUAUUCUCCUUACAACAUCCCUCUACUUUACGUCUAUCAACAGAGGCUCGCGAGGCCCGCGAGUCCAGCUCCGUGUCUCCUGGCAUGGGAAGUUCCAGUUCGAUCUCGCCAAUGUGCGCUGCAGACACAGUUCGAAAAGCAAGCACGGUGCCCUCCUCACCAUCAAGCACCAUAGGGCUGUAUGGCAAAGCGAAGAAGAGCAUUGAGUCCAAAUUAAGAUUCAGGACUCGCAAAGAGCGGUGUACAUGCCCCCCAAUCCCUGAGCAUGAGCGCCCCCCCUCGGCCACCAUGGACGGAGCCGGAAACUACCACAGCAUUCACCAAGUCACAAAGUCAGGAACUUGGUUCAAAGAUGACCUUGGGAAGGUGAAACUUCGACGGAAGUUCUUUAGCAAGGCUCCAUGGAGUAGGAAGGAGUCUAAUGAUUCAUACAGUAGCAUGGCUAGCUCCAUGAGAGAAACCCUUCAAGGUAAGGCACCUCCUACAUUACCCUCUCUAGCCAUACUUAUAACUAACAGGACGACAGUGCGGGUUGACCGUGUUAAUAAUCAGUACCCUAGAGGGGAAGCCGUCCGGAUCAAGACUCCUCCAUUGGGUGAAGAUACGGCCAGUGGAAGUCCGCGCUCAUUCUUCACCGAACUGGUGCCUCCAUUCGAAAACGACACUGUUUCUUUUCUGCCCGGACCUUCAGCGAGGCGUAACUCUCUCCAAACUGUUCGCCGUAGAAGCAUCACUCCACAGGUGCGUGAGUGGUGGGAACAGAUACCCCAAAGGCCCGAACAGGAUCCUUUUGCUCAGGUACCUACUUUUGAGUUCCAAGUACCUGAGCAUCUCCCAAAUAGUCCAAUGUGCCCAGCGAACAUGAGACAUAAAGACGGGGCGGGGCUAUGCGUGUAUCAUGGGCGAAGAAAA